AUGCAUCAAUUUUCUACUUUCUUCCUGAUUUUUCUUCCUCUUAUUGCUCUUUAUCCAUCUCUCUAUCUUUUCUUACUUUUUCUUUCAUUUUCUUCUCUUUUUCACUCUACCUCUCUUUUGCUUUGUUUCAUGUCUCUCUUUUGCUUUCUAAUUCUCACUCUCUCUUUGUUGCUUCUUACUUGUUUUUUUCUUUCUUUCUUUCUCUUUGUUUUUCUGCUUUCUUCUUGCUUCCAUUUUUACUGUUUCUAUCAUGCUAUCUCUCUCAUUCUCUCUCUUCCUCCUUUUCUUUUACUUCCUUUAUCUCUUCUCAUUACAAUCAAUACUUUCCCUUUUUCUCUCACUUUUUAUGCUACUUACCCUUUUACACAUACUUUUCUUUGCUCAUUUCUUUAUCUCCCUAUCUAUUUACUAUCUCACUUUUUGUUAUUCUUUGCAUUCAUUUUCUUCAUAUGUAUGUUUACUUUUAUUUUUUACCUAGAUCUCUUUUUUUCUCUGUUUUUCUCUUUUUCAAUUUCUCUAUCUCCAUUAUAUUUCAUCCUCAACUCUCUUUGUUCUUUUUCCUCUUUUUUUUCAUCUUUUGAUUCCUUAUCAUGGCUUCCUUUCAAUGCCACCCUUUACUUUCAUUCUCUCUCUUCAUUUCUCUUCAUUCCUUCUCUUUUCUUCUCUUUAUUUCUUUUCUUUAAACCACAUUCUUUCCUUCUGCUUUACAUUCUUAAUUUGUCCCUUUCUUUCUCUUCAAUCUUUUUGUCCCUUUCUUUCUCUUCAAUCUUUUUGUCCUUUUCUUUCUCUUCAAUCUUUUUGUCCCUUUCUUUCUCUUCAAUCUUUUUGUCCUUUUCUUUCUCUUCAAUCUUUUUGUCCUUUUCUUUUCUCUUUUUUGUCCCUUUUUUCUUCAAUCUUUUGUCCCUUUCUUUCUCUUCAAUCUUUUUGUCCUUUUCUUUCUCUUCAAUCUUUUUGUCCUUUUCUUUCUCUUCAAUCUUUUCUCCUAUUUAUCUCUUUUAUAAUUUUUUUGCUCUCUUUGCCUCUUCUACCUCACUCUCUUAUUCUAUCUAUUUCUUUAUUUCACCAUCCUUUUUCUUCUCCAUUUAUCAAAUUUCUUUUUCUUCUACCUUCUUUUUAUUUUUUCCUCUCAGUUCCUCUUUCUCUCAUUCUUUUGUUUCCUCAGCUCUUUUUCUUCUUUCUUUCCUAAACGUUGAAAUUACAUUUUUGCCUUUUUCUUUUUUCUCCUCGUCUUCUUCAACUGUCUAG